UAAAAAAAUUUAAUUGAAAUCAGAUGAACUAAGUAGAGCCUCGUAAAUUGUAAUUACCUUCUGUGUUAUCGGAUUUGGGCGCCAUUGUUGGCGGGAAAAAGCUUCUGAAACCUUCGGCUUUCGCUUUGAAAAUGGGAGGAGGAGCAGAGACCUGCUCUUGCUUUAUAUAGGCAGCUUCCUACUACGACGACGUCGUUUCGCUAGUUCUGGGUGCCUUUGUAAUUAGACGAAUUUACCCUCGUAUGAGAACUUAAUUUACAAAAACAACCAAUCCUCUAUUUUAGUGUAGAGAGGAAGCCACGCCAUGCCGUUUUUCCAUUCCCCAGAAACAGAUGGCCACCGUUACUACGACAUCUCAGCUUCUGCUCUGCACCAACCGCGCCAUUUUCGCAACCCGAACCCGAUUCCGCAAACCCGACCCUGUAGCAUUGGAAGCCCAAAAAUGGUCUUCACAGUCACUCAGGGUCUCAAAGUUGAAGCCACUAGUUGUGUGCCACGCGGCGCGUCGGAAACCCACCACCGCUAUCCAACCGGAGACUGAAAAUGAAAAUUCCCGGCGACUGUUUCAGACUAGUCUCUGGGUCGCUGAAGCAGUCUACAUUCUGUGGCUGUUUCUUCUUCCUUACGCUCCUGGAGACCCAGUGUGGGCUAUAAGUUCAGAUACAGUGAAUUCUCUUCUGGGCCUCUCUCUGAACUUCUUCUUUGUCUUGCCUCUUUUCAACUCUGUAGGUAUUAAUUUUAUUGAUGCCCCAGUUCUUCACCCGAUGUCUGAAGGGCUAUUCAACUUUGUGAUUGGGUGGACAUUCAUGUUUGCUCCUCUGCUUUUCACUGAUGGGAAGAGGGACAGAUACAAAGGGUCUCUUGAUGUCUUAUGGGGCUUUCAGAUGUUCCUUACAAAUACAGCAUUUUUGAUACCUUACAUGGCUAUUCGGCUGAAUGCACCUGAAUCAGACUGCACUCCCAGCAAGCGCUCACAGCUUGGGGAUGUGAUGACCAACGGUGCUCCCAUUGUCGGACUUGUUGGUGGAGGGAUAUGUCUGAUAUCUGCAUUAUGGGCACUUUAUGGCCGAAUGGACAGCAAUUUCGGUGGCAUUUCUGAGCGAUGGGAGUUCUUGAUCAAUUAUCUAGGAUCCGAGAGGCUAGCUUAUGCAUUCAUUUGGGAUAUAGUUCUCUAUAGCGUCUUUCAGCCUUGGUUGAUAGGCGAUAAUCUUCAAAAUGUUAAGAGCAAUAAGAUUGGUAUUGUAAAUUACCUUAGAUUUGUGCCAGUGAUUGGCUUAGUUGCUUACCUUCUUUGUUUGAACCUUGAUGAGGAACUGUAAAUGUAUCUUGUAGUUAUGAUGCAGCUCAAUGAUAUCGCAGUGGAUACGAUUGCUUCUUAAAUUUUUAUAUAUUUCAAGAAUCAAAGAGCAACAUCAGGCUUCAGAAUCGCCAAGAUAUUGUUCUGCAAGAUAA